AUCGUACAGACCCAUCUCUCUCAUUGGCGUCAUGUACAAGAUCCUAGCAAAGCCGCUUGCAAACCGACUGCGGAAGGUGAUUGAGAAGGUGAUAGGGGAACAGCAAAUGGCUUUCAUUAGAGGCAGACAACUUGCAGAAGGGGUAGUGAUUGCAAAUGAGGUGAUUGAUGAGGCCAAGAGGAACAAGAAGAAAUCCUUCAUCUUUAAAGUUGAUUUUGAGAAAGCGUACGAUAAGGUAUGCUGGGGAUUCAUUGAUUAUAUGAUGACAAGAAUGGGUUUUUGUGGAAUUUGGAGAGGAUGGAUACAGGAAUGUCUCCGAUCGAGCUCGGUAUCAGUCAUUGUCAACGCUGAGGGGUUGAAUGGGAUGAUGGCUGCUGCAAUUGAAAAGAAGAUGUAUAAGGGUGUAAAGGUGGGCAAUGGAGACCUUAUGGUUUCACACCUUCAGUUUGCAGAUGACACUAUGCUACACUGUAAAGGGAAAGAUCUUCCGGUUAAAUAUCUGGGGAUCCCCAUUGGGGGGAGUCACAGAAGAAUAGCAAUGUGGAAACCACUGGUGGAAUCUGUGAAAAAGAAAUUAGCUCCAUGGAAAGGCCAUCAUCUAUCCUUUGGGGGACGCAUCACACUCAUUAAUUCCAUGUUGUCUAGCUUGCCCGUGUUCUUAAUGUCAGUCUACCUACUUCCUAAAGGAAAGGAGAAAGAAUGCUAUCAAAUGGGUGAUGAGGAAAAUGGAACAUGGAAGUGGUACCUUGGCUGGAGGAGAGACUUAUUCAACUGGGAAAGAGAAGAAGCUAAGGAACUACAAAAAAAGAUUGAAGGCAAGCAGAUACACAAGGACAUUCCCGACACAUGGAAGUGGGAACAUAGCAAGGAAGGCAACUACUCAACAAAAACAGCCUAUAGACUUCUAGCAAAUGAACAAAAUGGACGGGAGACAACCUCAAUAUACAAGAGAGUUUGGAACCCUAUCAUCCCAAGCAAAAUUUCUGCUUUUAAUUGGCAACUACUGCAGGAUAGAAUACCAACAAAGAGCAACCUGCAGAGAAAAGGGAUUAUAAGUGGAUUGGGUGAUAGGAAAUGUGCUCUAUGUGAGGGGGAGGUCGAGGACUCUAGUCACCUCUUCUUGAAGUGUAGGGUAGCAAAGUGGCUAUGGAAGGCUUGUGGGAAAUGGUGGGGGAUUUCAGUUAAUUUGGAAAAUAAUUGCUGGAAAUCUUUUGAGCAGUUUGGGGUACAGGCGAAGGAAGCAUGUGUGAAGGAAGCCUGGGACUGUAUCUGGAACGUUGUGGUGUGGUCGGUAUGGCUCGCAAGAAACCAGAAGAUAUUCCGAGAUUCCGACGUCAAUAUAAGUAAGCUGUUCGAUCAAAUUCAAUUGAAAUCUUUUUUGUGGAUUAAAUCAAGGAAAUCAAGAUGCUUGUUUACUCUUUCUGAUUGGUUAUUUGAUCCUAUGUCAUGCCUUAAAGUUAACUGGGGUAGGAAAUAGAGUUUGUCCAAUGCGUGGAUAGAUUAGCUUCAAGUUAAGAAGGAAUUGUUAGAAUAUCUCACUGUUUUCUUCAGGUUUUGGUGAGCAAAUAAUGACUCUUGUUGGCAUUUAGACGGAGUCAGUAGAUGCUCACUAUAUCACCUAUUUUUGUAGUAUGGGCAGGAGUACCCCUUGUACUCUAACUAAUGAAUCAAAUUUGCUGUG